UAAAAAGUUAAUGCAAUAGGUCGCAGUUAACAGUCAGCAUUUAACGGGUAGAAAAGGCAAGUUCAAAAAGAUAAGUUUUAAGGCGUGCUUUAAAAGAAAAAAUAGAAUCAGACUCCCGAAUGCCAAUCGGGAGGCUGUUCCAUAACUCAGGUGCAGCAAAGGCAAACGAUCGAUCGCCUCUAGAUUUCAACCGAGAUCUGGGCUGAACUAACAAUAACUGCGAGGAUGGCCUUAAAGCCCUGGCAGGGACAUAAGGGUUUAAAAGUUCCUUAAGAUAGGUUGGUGCAGUAUUAUUGAUAAUUUUAAAAGUAAGCAGCAAAAUUUUAAAUUGAAUACGGUAUUUGAUAGGCAGCCAAUGCAGCUCAGCAAGAACCGGAGUAAUAUGGUCAAACUUCUUGGUUUUAGUUAGAAUACGUGCCGCAGCAUUCUGAACUGUCUGUAAUCUAUGUAGAAGGGUAACAUGGAGACCAGAAUAGAGUGAGUUACAGUAAUCUAGUCUUGACGUUACAAAAGCAUGAAUGAGCUUUUCUAAGUCAUUAUACGGGAUAUAGUGUCUGGCCCUGGAGAUGAGACGAAGCUGAUAAAAACUAGAUCUGACAACAGCAGACACCUGUUUAUCAAGUUUAAAGGAGCUGUCAAACAAGACACCCAGAUUCCUGACAGUAUCAGAGAAAGAACUAGUAAGAAAGCCAAAGGCAUCUUGAAGUUUGGCGCGAAGGGCAUUACUGCCAAAAAUCAUGAUUUCAGUCUUUUUUUCAUUGAGAAUAAGAGUAUUUGCCAACAGCCAUUUCUUGACCUCACUCAUGCACUCACGAAAGUUAUUUAAAGAUAAAGCGAGAUCAUCAUGUAACUCAAAAUAAAUCUGGAUGUCAUCCGCAUAAUAGUGAAAAGCAAUGUGGUAUUUCUCAAAGAUAGCGCUUAAAGGAAGCAUAUACAGUGAGAAAAGGGUCGGGCCUAACACAGAACCCUGGGGGACACCACAGCAAACAGGUACAGGGGAAGAGGAAGAUGAGGCCAGAUGUACCGAAGAAAGCCGAUUGGAGAGAUGUGGUGUUAAGUGGCGCUUUAGAACAUGGAGAGAGAAAAAAGGAACAAAUUCAAAGCCCUGACAAGAACAGCAGCAGACUCAAGGUGAAGGGAAAUUUCACAAGUUCUAAUGACAGGAGGCCAAAGGCUGUGACUCCAGGAAAGAAAGUCAAAUCAGGAAGCAAGAGAGUGUUCAUGGGACCUAGAAGUGACAUCAGCUGCACUAGAUUGGGAGGCAUCUGCCAGCCAGUCCGUUACAUCUGCCAAGACCGAUACCUCAAAGACAAGUGUUCAGGGGCCAAGACGCGCCAGUGCUGCAUGCCAGUCCAAGCCUGGAGCAUGCUUUGUGCCGGUCACCACAACAGAGUGAGGGCUUGUGAUGCGUACGGCUGUGGAGCUUUUAACUCCCAAAGAGGUAAUGGCCUUUAUAAAGCAGUGGACCUUGUAUGUGAUGACUAUUCGAUCAUCAACACAAUAUUUUCAGGCUCUCUGGCCGGUCCAGUGAGUCGGAAAGACCCAGCUGGUUAUCAGUUUGAUGGAGUCAAACUCCUCAGUGAUGUACACUGCGUGAAGAUCUUCAACAUCCGUCCUUAUCGUUACUCCGGCCCGGUAACUCAAGGAGAGGCCUUGGGCUAUUUACUGCCACUGCAAGAACAGUUCCCUGGCAUCACAUCACACCUGGAGCUGCAAAUGUGUGAUGGUACUGAUCCUUCACCCUUCAUAUAAACCUUUAUUUCCAUGUGUUAUACAACUGAGGCACCAUGCGUCCUUGUCUUUUUUACGUGGUGCAUGCCCCUGCACAUAAAAUCCCUAAUGCUAAUAAGAAUUUAUAUAGACUUAUUUGCUUUCCGAUUUCUUACUAUGAGCAACUUUUACUUGGCUACUCUGACACUUUUUGUAAGUGUUAAUUCUUCUUAUUCUCUAUUAUAGCCAUAAAAAAAUGUUGGUCUGUAUUUUUACAAUAACUUAACAAAGAUGCAUUGUAUUGUUUUUCUUACAAUAACACUUAUUUAAAACACAUUUCUACAAACUUGUGAUGACCAGCGUUACUAUACUUGAUAACUGUCUGUCUCCAUUUCUCAGUUUUUACAACCAUUUAAAUUUUUUGUAAUACUUUAUAUCGAAUACAAACAAAAGGAUGUUUUCUAAAAAGUUACGAGUCAUAUGUUUAACAUUUUCCUUCUCCUUUUCUGUGAAAAAUGUCCCAUCUCACAUCCCAUCACUCAUA